AUGUGGCAGCGUCUCCACCUCGCGCGGCGGCCCGCGGCGGCUCUGCUGGGCGCGCGGCCACUGGCCCAGCGUCGCUCGGCCGUGCACCCCCCGCUGACGCGCCUGCUGACGUCGGCCGCGUCCGGCCCGGCCGACUGCAGCCGCCGCAUCCUGUGCGUAGACGUGCCCGAGCACGUGGCCGAGGCCUCGUGCGUGCAGGAGCUCGUGCAGCGCGGCCACGUUGUGGACCAAGUGCGCGCAGCCUCAGACGAGUACCUGACGUCUGUGGUGAAGGACUACGACGCGCUCAUGGUCGCGCCCGGCACCAAGCUGCCGCGCGAGCUGCUGCGCGUGGGCGCCAAGAACAAGCUGCAGCUCGUGGCCGUGCCCGCGGCCGCCAUCCCGAGCGAGGACAUUGACCUCAUGGAGGCCACCAACCAGGGAGUGAUGCUGCUGCAGCUCGAGCCCAAGCAGGUGGGCGACCGCUCGUCCGUGGAGGCCGAGAUCGGCCUCAGUCUGCUCAUCCAGUUGGCCCGUCACCUGCCGCGCAGCGUGGCCUCCAUGCGCUCCGGCGAGCCAUUCGACCGCCAGCAGUUCGUCGGCACGGAGCUCGCGGGCAAGAAUUUAGGCAUUGUGGGCAUCGGCCAGGCGGGCCGCCGCGUUGUGGAUAUGGCCCACGCGCUGGGCCUCAAGGUCUUCGGCUUCGACCCCAACCUGAACCAGGAGGCGGCCGAGCUCAUGGGCGUCAAGAGCGUCACCAUGGACGAGCUGUACGAGAACUGCGACUUCAUCACGUUCCACGCGCCGUUGACGGCCCGCACGCGCGGCAUGUUCGGAGACGCGGCCCUGGAGAAAUGCAAGCCCGGAGUCAAGAUCGUGUCGGUCGCCGAGUACAAGGGAAGCCACGGCCUGCUGGACGAGAACACGCUGAUGCGCGGCCUCGAGUCGGGCAAGAUCAGCGGCGUCGCGCUGGACUUGCUGCAGUCCGCGGGCUCCAAGGACGGACGGGACUUGUCGCCCAAGUGGCUCGAGCUCAUGAAGCACGAGAAUGUCAUCGCGCGCACCCACGCGGACGGCGCGGCGUCCGACGACGUGCUGCAGGGCCGUAAGUACCGCCUUCUGGCCGAAAACGUCGGUGACGCUCUGGCUCAGCGCUACUACCGUGGCGUCGCCAACGGCGUGUUCAUGCCGCUGACGCUGCUGCCGGAGAUGAAGCCGUUCCUGGAGCUGAGCGAGUCGCUCGGCCGCUUCGUGCACCAGCUGACGCUGUCGGCGGACCCCAAGGACCACAUCACGAACAUCUCGUUGGCUGCUACUGGUGGCUUCCAGAUUGACAUCACCACGCCGCAAGCCCGCCAGGUGCUUCAGAACGCGCUGCUCAAGGGAAUGCUCGAGAGCAUGCGCGAGCACAAGCAAAAUGCUGAGGACGAGGACCAGCCUGAUGUCAGCCUUCUGAAUGCCUCGCUGCUCGCUAUGGCCAAGGGAAUCGAUGUGCGUCAGGGAGACUUGCAGACCGACCCGGCCGCUGUCCGCCGCCACCUCAAGAACUGUUUGGCCGUGGUGGUGGAGGCCAAGAACAAGGACCGCCUCCUUGUGAAGGGCAGCGUCUUUGGCGAGGACCCGCGUGUCGUGCGCGUGAACGAGUACUCGGACUUCCCGGCUUUCCGCCCCAAGGGCAACCUGCUGGUGUUCAACAACGAGGACGUGCCCGGUGCUAUCGCCGGUAUCCUCAGCGAGCUGUCGGAGGCGAAGAUCAACAUCGCCAACUUUGGCCUUGCCCGUCAGAACAACGUGGAGCUUCCGCUUGGCAUUCUCACUCUGGACUCGGUGCCUUCCGACGAAACACUCAACGCGCUCAAGGAACUGCCCAGCGUUCGCAGCGUGCGUUUUGCGCAGGUGUAAACUCGCUAGCAUUUGUGCUGUGAGAGAUGGCAAUGGCUGGUGAUGCUGGAGUAUAGACCAACAUAGUCG